AUGGCUUCUUCUCAGUUGACAGCAUCAUCAAUUUCUACCAGGAACGUUGCAUCCUUUCAAGGACUUCGACCUUCAGGAGUUCAGUUUCAUGGUGCUCAAAAUGUUAGGAUUGGUAACCCUGCACGAAGGUCCUUCAAGGGUGUGGUUGUCAAAGCAGCCACUGUCGUUGCCCCCAAGUACACCACAAUCAAGCCUCUGGGUGACAGAGUACUUGUAAAAGUUAAGGACGCAGAAGAGAAAACAGAGGGUGGAAUUUUGCUUCCAUCAACUGCUCAAACAAAGCCUCAAGGUGGUGAGGUGGUUGCUGUUGGAGAGGGAAAGACACUUGGAAAGAACCAAGUUGAUAUUAGUGUGAAGCCAGGUGCACAAGUUGUGUAUUCAAAGUAUGCAGGUACUGAGGUGGAUUUCAAUGGUGAGAAGCAUCUUAUCGUGAAGGAUGAUGACAUUGUUGGCAUCCUUGAAACUGGUGACAUCAAGGAUCUUAAACCAUUGAACGAUAGAGUCCUGAUAAAGAUUGAAAAAGCCGAGGAAAAAACCUCUGGUGGUUUGUUUCUCACAGAGGCAACCAAGGAGAAACAUUCGUUUGGAACAGUCGUAGCAGUUGGUCCAGGGCUUGUGGACGAGGAAGGCAACAGAAAACCUUUGUCUGUCACUCCUGGGAACACAGUUUUGUACUCCAAAUACGCUGGUAAUGACUUCAAAGGAAAAGAUGGUUUCGAGUACAUAACAUUGAGGAGUUCAGAUGUCAUGGCUAUUCUCUCUUAG